AACCCCCGUUCUCUCUGAAUAAUCGUGUGUGUUGGUUCACUCACUCUGCCACCGCCUGACAGUCUCGGCUGCACCUCGUAAGGGUAUUGGGAAGUGAAAAGCCCGAAGCCCGCAAGAAUCGUGCGGGUUCCAUACACCGUGAGAGACAGCAGUGGAGUUAACAUCAUCCAGUGGGAACGAAUAUCUGGAUAUACUACUGAGACAUCGACAACGACGACAUCGACGUCCUCUUCAUCGUUAUUUGAUUAUUAUUUUCUGAAGAAUUGUAAAUGAUUAAUCGUUUGGAGGAUGAGAAAAUUUUUAAUUGAUUAUAUUUUAUGAUCAAUUGGAGGGUCUAAGGUGAUAAGUGAACGAGUGAUUGAGUGAGAGGAGCUGGUGAGAGGGAAUCACCAGGAAUGAUGAUUGUGGAGGAUAAUUGGUUGGCUGUGCUUUGAAGGGCCGAAUGACGAGGUACAGUGGCUCGCUUACGCCACCGAAGCCGGCUAGCGCGAGUCACCACCAGAGGAGGCUAAAAAUUCGCGUUAAACGAAGCCGACGGAGACGCCGUCGGUGUCGCGUUGUCGGUGGUGAAAUAUUAAAUAAUAAAUUGUGUUGGUGAUGAUUACUGUGCUGGGAGUGACGGAGAUCGAGUUAUGGUUUAUUAAUCAGAUCUGAUGAGUCAAGGCUGAUAAUUCGGAUAAUUAUUGGAUUGUUAAUCAAAGACAGAGAGGAAGAGAGGGCCAGUCAACAUGCCGCGCUGCUUGAUGGCGAAAAAAUGGAAGGCCUAUCCGUGGCCGGACAGGCAGGAUGACGAUGAUACUACCAAUGCUGAUGCCAAGAACACCAUCGAUAUUGCAAACACUGGGAGUGACAUUAUUGACACCGUCCAUGAUAGAAGACGAAUGAUGGUUGAUACCGAGGAAGAGGAGAUUGACGUUGUUGGUGAUAGCACGAGUGACGGCAACAGGGCCAAUCAGCAGACAUGCUGGGGUCCACACAGCCCCACUGCCGGUACCACAGCACCUAGUCCACCACCGCUCAAUGCCUCGGGGGCACUCUACUAUCACGGUUACGCUCAUGAGUCCUGGUUGAAUCACGAGGAGCCCCCGAAGUACGCGACGCUGCGAUCAGCAGCAGAAUUAGCAAGACCAGUCCCCGAAUCCCCCCCACCUCAGCACGAUCAUCAACCGAACAUAGUACCCCUCACACCUCCAUCCCCCCCGCAACAUACACCAAAUCUGCCUCGCAACAAGAGCCUACCCAUGUGCUUCACAAGUACCGGAACAGCCAUCUCCCUCCCACCCAAGAAAAAGGACAUCUACCGACCAUACAGCCUCCAACCAUGUACCGAGAUAAUCCGAAGUUCCCCGGAGGAUGAGUUAUCAGCAGCCCAGGCAAUCCUGGACUUGAGUGCCUCCCCAGCAGCGCCAACGCAUUCCGUCUUCAUCCACACCCUGUCACUGCCACCGCCAACACCACCGGUUGCUCAGCCAUCAGCACCACCAACCACUCAACCCACCAUUCAGCCCACACCAAUACCCGUAUCAGUUCUGGUGCCAGUACCAAACCACAACCCUCAACGUCAGGUGAGCACACCUGAGCCACGAAUCCACGAGGAACCAACACCCGACGAUUCCACCAACUCCAACGGUGCCAGCAACAAAACCGUCGCCUACACCUACGAGGCCUUCUUCGUAUCCGACGGUAGAUCAAAGCGACGCUCUAGUACAGCAGCUGCUGUACCCGAGAAAGAAGCUGCCCAACCAGAUCGGCCAAAAUUUACCUGUACAGAGUGUGGUAAACAGUAUGCAACAUCAUCAAACCUAUCAAGACACAAGCAGACACACAGAAGUUUAGACUCACAAUCAGCCAAAAAGUGUAUUCACUGUGGUAAAGCAUACGUGAGUAUGCCAGCUCUGGCGAUGCACGUAUUGACCCACAAAUUGGCCCACAGUUGUGGUGUAUGUGGUAAAAUGUUCUCACGUCCAUGGCUACUCCAGGGCCAUUUGCGCAGUCAUACGGGUGAAAAACCAUACGGCUGUGCCCACUGUGGCAAAGCAUUUGCCGAUCGUUCUAAUCUACGGGCGCACAUGCAGACACACUCGGCUGAUAAGAACUACGAGUGCUCAAGGUGUCAUAAAACAUUUGCCCUCAAGUCGUACCUGAAUAAACACCUUGAGUCGGCCUGUCUCAGGGACGAUGAGCUACCACAGCAGCACCCAACCAACGGCCAGCACUCACCACCGCUGAAUCGUGGAUUGUAGCAGCACAUCGGUGACGAUGAUCUGUCAGAGAGUGAGAGCUAACGACAGGACAUAGUAAAUACCAAUGUAAAUGUUCUGCCAUAGGCCCUUGGUUAUUAAUUACCAUUAAUUUUGGUUGAGGAACAGCCGUUUCUCGAUCGACGACUGGUGGCACCAAAGGCGGUCUUAACGGGUCAGCAACAGGGCCGAAUGGAUUAGCAACAAGUGCACAAAUAACGUGUCACUGACGCUAGAGACCUUCGGAAUAGCGAAAAAAAAAUAGCAUACCGAUGAGACCCAGGAUGGGGCUGCUCUGUUCAAGAGGUUUGAGAAGUAGAUUAAGUAGUAAAGUGCCAGUUUGCGGAGCGUUAAGCGUCUUCGAGUCCGCGCGGAAAGACUGUGCGGUCGAAGCGUCGGUAGUCGAUCAAUUCCCCUCGGGGGCAUUAGAACAGAAUAGCUCGGGGGGAGGGAAUGGCAAAUACCAGAAAAAUGAGCUUAAACUGAGGGGGAAAAGUCAAGCAUUUUUUUUUUCCAACUCCGGUGUUUUACUCCGUCCGAGGGGAAGAGGAAUACCCAUUGACUGCCCACGCUGUGACUGAUGACGAUUAUGAAAUAUAAAUGUGGCAGUUAUUCAUGCCAUGUGUAGAUUAACGAAGGAGCGGAGAUUUGCAAAGUAGAUUAAGUAGAAAAGUGCCAGUAGACAAAAAAAAAUGAAUGACAUUGAUAAAAAAACGUCCAGUAACUGUUAAGUCAAGUAAAAGCAAUGAAAAUGAAAAACAACAAAAAAAAUGGUAAUUAUUAAAUUAAAAAAAAAACAAUGAGGAUUAAUGUGAGAUUAAAACGUCUCAUUGGUGACGUUCACAACGCUACAGUUCUAGUCACUCUAGUCGAUUUUGUUUAUACCUUUAUCCAGGUAUAUACAUAAUUAUAUAUAUACACGAAUAUAUUCUAUACAUAUACAAAGGUAUAUAUUAUAAAAUCCAAAAAAUGACGAAAAAAAUUGACAAAAAAAUUAAUACAAAAAUAGUUUAUAUUACUAUUAGGGGAAAAUGAGAUUUCUAGUCACGCGCGAGGCGAUAAAUGCGAUUAUAAUAAACCUUUUUAGCUGCCUGAAUUGAAUGACGCGCGUAAACGAGGACGCAAAACUUCGCGAAUCUACUCUAACACUAAUAACUGUAUCCCUUAUUCUCGAAAUAUCCCUUUGAGACACCUUGAAGGGCCCUAAAAACUCAAACUAAUACUCCUCUUUUCAACUUCUUCGUAUUUCCGGGGCGGCACUCACUCCCACAUUAUGCCCUUUUCACCCUCACCCUCACCCUCUCCCCCGCUGUCUUCUUUCAAUGUUGUCUAUUGGGUAAGGGGCGCGUCAGCCAUGGAGCAUUCGCAACCCUAAUGGAUGCGGUUGCAGUAGUUUCAUGCAGUUCAAAACUAUGUCCGUAUUAGUUUGGCUUUCGGGUUUUAGUUUGGUAAAUAGACAUUCAGUGUCAUUACAAUCGCAUUAAACCCGGUGGUAUAUUAUCAUUAUCAGGACGUUUGGAAGCCCAAGAGGGAGGGGUGAGUAAUGAUAACGCCUGUCGGAGCAAAAAGCGAGAUUAGAUGGGAUUUUUUGAGCGCAAUAAAAAAUGGAAAAUCUGGAAAAUUCAAUCGGGAGUUUUGGUAGUGUGACAGUGUUUUUUAAAAAUUUAUAAUUAAUUGUUCGUGGAAUGAGGCGCGAUUUUAUGGUACAGAAUGCUAUGCUUAUAAUGGUACUUCCGAAAAACUGCAUUCAUUGGGGAUCGAAUGCUUGCAAGCUGACGCAACAACUCACAUGACGAUAACCACUCCGGAUUUUGCGAUCGAGUUAUAUUGUUAUGAGCAUAUUUUAUAUAGAGAACAGAAUAAUGAAAGAGUCCCAGUAUAGUAUUAUAUGAGGACACGUGAUGUUACGGUCUCAAAAGCAAUGUUUCGAAACAACGAAUUCUAUGAUUAAAUAGAAAAAAAAAAACACACCCACAUAAUAACAUCGAAAUGAAUUUUACUUAAUGCGAAAUCCAAUAUUAUCAGUGAGAUUUAAUGUAUCUUUAAGAUGCUUCAAGUAAACGCAAUUACUGCCCUGCAAGCAUGUUCACAAAUUUGCGGCUGAUCAAUUGCAAGCAAUCGAAAAAUUGUUCUUUGGAAAAUAGUCAAGACAACGCAUCAAUAAUUUCACGUGAUCGAUACAAUAAUUUGUCCAUCACUUUGUUGUAAAAAAAAUUCUGUUUUGAUACCGUAGAAAAAUUUAAUUAAUAGGUGAACAUGUGUGCAGCGGCUUCUACGCUCUUUAAUAUUUAUUAAUCGCUGAAGCUUCGACGCCCUCGGUACUAAGUUGAGAGAUAAAAUGACAAAUACUCCAUGAGAUAAAAAAGAUGCUGACAAGUCUUUUAUAAUGUAACGACAAAUAAUAUCAUUGCAUGUACAGUAGACCAAUUAGCGGAUGCAAUAUUUUCAGUUAAUUUCGACAGUUUGAAGAGAGAAAUGUUGAAGUGAAAUAGAGAAAAGUUAAAUGCGUGUGAUAAACAUUUUCCCUGCCUGUAGAAGUGCGAUAUUGCAUCGAAGCCAAUUCCCACAACCGCGAAGCAUUAUUGAACAAAACUAGUGGAAUAAAAAUAAUAAAAUAAGGUACGAAAUUUCCGCUUUGUUUUUGGACGAAGCGACCAAAAUCAUUGUGGACUGAGGAUGACUCAAUGGCAGUAUUUGCCACUGACUCAAUGAUUUUAAUAUACAAUUUAUAGUUUUUAAAGAUAUUUAUUCAUUAUAAUUUAUUUUCUAGUCGAAUUGAUUUGUUGAGGUUGACAUUUUUGUGACUGAUUAUGUAUACGGUUUCUAGUCCUCCCUCCCCCAUCUCCUCCCCCCAUGUAUUUAUGUAAUAAUUUAUUUAAUUGUAUUUAUUUCACUGAUUUAUGACUGUACCAAUGCAACGACUCGAUACAACGAUCGAAUAACAAGUGAUUAUUAUUUCAUUUAUUCUCCUUAUUUAUUGAUCAAUGACCUUGAGACAACUAGACUGUAAAAUUCACGUUACAAUCGUUUAUUUUAUUAUUAUAUACACGGGAACGAUAACAGGAACUAACGAAAGAAGAGCAUAUCCAGGUUUUCGUCCUUCUUCGGUGUAGUUUGUAGAUAAUAAAUCGGUUAAUCCGAGAAUAAUUAAAAUUAACAAUGAAAAAUAAACCAUUAAUAAUAUACAAAAGCUCAACCCUGUUAUCGCAAGUUCAACGUUACUAGAGGUGCUCAAAGACGUAUGUGUACAAACAAAAAAAUUAUAUAGAUGAGUGAUGAAAAAAAAAACUAAUAAUUAAAUUUGAUGGAAUAUUUAUUGUUAAUACGGGGUAUUUAGCAGUAGAUGAUUCGUAUAUUUCAAUUAUGAUAAGCUUCCACAUUGCAUAUUAUCGUAUUCGAAUGGAUCGAAAGCCCUUGUGUUGUCGCAUUCCAAUUUUUGAGAUGAACAUUUUCCUGUUGAAAAAAAAAAAUUUCGAACAAAAACAUUUCUUCAAAUUUUCUCAACUUCCUGUUUCGCUCUCGUCUAUUUCUUAUUUCCCGUUUCACAUUAUCUUAGACACAGAACUUACAUUGCGAGGAAUAUAUAACGAAGUGAGAAGCUAAUGAAUGAUGAGGCUGAGGAAUAGUUGGCUUUAUCGUUAAAGUUUUGGGAAUUUCAAGCACUUUGCCAAAUUCACAUGUUUCCUUCAAUCUUUUUUUUCAAUCUCUCAACAAAAAAAUUUUCACCAGUGUGUUAUUACCGUCCCGCUGAAUUUACGAAUUCGUCACCUGAAAAAUCGUCAGACUGAUGUCGCUCACUGAGGGAACAUUAUUUGUCAUUAUUUAGCAUUCAUGCUUGAAGAAAAAACGUGAGAGAUGAAGAAAAAAAUUCGUACCAAAAUAAAGCUGUAACAUUUUAGACUCCGUCGAUAAUGAAAAAGAGAUAUAUUAUAUUGAAAAAAAAAGGAAAGAAGAAAUAAUGCGCUUACGAGUCACGACACUUAGAGAACAAAUGUGUUCACAACAGUCCUAGCUUUAAGUGGAAACACAAUUAAAACUUUUGCAAUGAAUAAUUGAACAUAUAGAGCGAAAAUAAGCUGCGAUUAAGGGGUUUAAGUAUUGUAUGCCUGCAUCUUCCAGCUUAGCCAGUUUUAUUUGUUGGGCUUUAUUUGGAGGGAGGGGGAACUGAUUCAACUGCUGAUACUUUUUAUGUGCACGAUAAAAAUACAAAGACGCUUUUUUUUUCUGUUGAAUUAAAAAACAUUACGAAGAGACAUUUUUAUUGAAAAUCAUUUCUAAAAUAUGGUUCUGAAGUUCCUGAUUGUUAAUAUUUUCAUGGCAGUGUACAAUUGAAGUUUUCAGUUUUAAUUAAUUUUUCAAUCUAAAAGUGAAAUCAAUUUCCCUAAAAUGGACUGGGGUUUAGCCCCAAUUUUUUCAAAAUAAAAAUAGUUUUUAUCUCGGAGAAAUUUUCUCGCUAGAGAUUUUUUUAAGAGCUUAGUUGCUGGUUCAGGUAUUCGUUCAAUUCCACUUUUCUUUGCCCUGGCAAAAACACACCGACAUCGUUGAUAAACACUGGAACAUAAAAUCCAAACCACAGGGUGUGUCUAGGGAAGUAAGGAGGAAGGGAAAGGUGAAUUAAACCAGAGACAUUAACAAGUCACGUGAAUGGGCGACGUUAUCACCAAAUGCGAUACUGAAACAGUGGUAGUGUGAUUAAAACCAUUGCUCUCACUUCGAUAAAUCGUUGAAAACACUGAAUUUUUCGGCUCCCACGAUUGAUAACCGAAAUUCCCAAUGGCUCCCGCGAUUUUACAACAAGAAUAAAUAAUGUAAUUUUUUAAAACGACGCGCACAUUGUUACGAAUAUUUUUAAUAUAAAUUUAGAAGUAUUGAUUUUUCUUGAAUAGAAGUUUUACGAUACAGCAUCUGUAAAUAUAGAACUUGAAUAUAGUGAUCCUGAGGGAUUUGGAAAAAUAGCUCUUGCUGAUUGAUGAUAACGAUAGGUUAAUCGCAGCUGAGUUAACAGUGAUGGAGGUAAUUUAAUGGUUAAUAUUAAAAGCUGACGAGAUGCUGGGUCCCCAAUGGGCCAAUAUUCAAUAAAUAUCGGUUUCGAACUAUCAUCAUUUAUUAAAAAUACAUUCAAACGUAGUUUUUCUUGUCUCAUUUGAAAUACACAUAAAACGAUAUAGGAUAUUUUGUGGAAAUGACGAUUCCAUUGGAAUUUUACAUAAUUAAAAUUUUUUUUUCCGCAUAAUUGAAUGAAAAAAUGUAACGAUCAAGUGAAAAGUGUAAAAACACUUUAAAUGAAAUUAUUCUGGGAUUCUAAUUAAAAUAGGUCUAAUUAAAGUCAUUUGAAUUCAGUUGAAUUCCAAUGAAAACUCGAAAAUAAUAUUUUGUCGAUCCUUAUCGUUUUUUGUGUAAAAAAAAUGCUGCUUCCAAAUCUAAAUGUUUCCUAAGAUCUCAAUAAUGAACUGUCAAUGAUGAAGAACUCACUGAAAUUUGUGUAGCUGUUGGAAAUUUCACUGACGAAUUGAGACUGACGAAUGAAGAAUUAUUUAUCGAUAUUUUAAUAAUGAGUGCGAGGUUUGAGUGGAACAGUGAAAAAUCAGCUAAUCAAAUUUUUUGAAGCUGAGCAUUAUCCUAAUAUUCUGCUCACGAUCUCUCGUUACUACAUGUACCCCGAUUUUCCUAGUCAAAACAGCCUGAGCUGAAAUUCAGGCGAUCCAAUGAAAAUUUCAACUCAACUUUAAUGGAAAUUGUUAGGAGCGCACGUUUGUGCUGUUCAAUUGAAAAAUUCAAUUAGUGAAUAGUCAAUAUUAUUAGUCAAUAUUACGUGAAAUUACCUUAUUACUACUUAGAGGGAUUAAAUGUUGCUCAGCGAUGAAGCAAAUUCUUCUCAACACUGCAAUUUCAAAGGAUUCUAAUCGAUGACUUCUUCGCUGUUAGAAAAUUUCCCGAAAAUUAAGCCGUUGGUGCAUAUCUACGGUCUAUUAAAUUUCAUUUUCCUUCCAUUAUAUUUUCCCAUGACUUUAGAUAGAAAAAAAAUUAUCUACACCAAGAUUUUCAACGAAUAGAAAAAUCCGUCAAUAGUAAAAAUGUCUCAAUUUAAUAUCUAAACAAUCAACACAAAAAAUUUCCUGACUUUAUCUUUAAAAUCAAAGGGGUCAAUUUUCUAACAGUGCAAAAUUACGAAAACUCUGAUCUAUCGGAGUAUAGUAUAGCUUCCCGGCUAUCAAUAAUGAACGGAAUAAAACAAUUCUGCCUUCAAUUUUCAUCUCAAUCUAAAUUUUAAAAAAACUUCUGUCUACUUGACUGCAAUCUCUCCUCCAUCCUCUUUAUCCUCUCUGUUUUACUUAAGUGAAUCCCACUGUACCCUAAUUUCUCCAAAACAUUAAAACGCAACGAAGACAAAACAAAGAAUUCACCAAACCAACGAAUAAUUUCGUUAAAAUGCGUUAAAGAUAUUUAUAAAGUGCCUGAUAUUUCAAUUGCCUAAAUUAUUCUCCAAUAGUGAUGCAAAUUCACGUUUGAAGUGACGGCAGUGUCAAUUAGAUCAAUUAAAAUAGUAGAACCGAAUGAAUAAUGAAAACGAAAUCACGAAAAAUAUCAUUGACACGAAUAUCCGAGUCGAGGACAAAAUAAAUAAAUAAAAUUAUGAGCAAAAAGUAAAUAUCAAAAGCCGUUAACUAAUGAAGAUUCCAACCAUUGAAUUCCACUCGUGAUUAUAAUUAUCAUUAGUUGUGAACAAAAUUUGAGUGAACAUCACUAUUAAAUACUCAAACAUAAAAAUGAACAAAAAAUUAAUUUACCCAAAUGGUAAUAACAUGUGAUUGGGCGCAGUGACGUUAGACAGAUGUGAUAUAAAAAUAAUCCUAAAUGAUGUUGAUAAAGCGAAUAAUUUGAAUCUAGUGUGCACAUAGAUAUUAUUGAUAUUGCGGAGAUGCAUAAAUUGUGAUACCCCUUAAAGAAAAUGAAAAUCGACUGAUAUUUACAGGAUAUUGUUUCGUUAGGAUGUCCCACGACAGCCGGGGUAUUCAAACCAACAAAAAAAGUAGGCGAAAGGGGAAAAUUCCCCGUGUAGACAGACCCCCACAAAAACCCUAGGUUAGUCACUCCAACUCGAUAAAUAAUCACCCCCAAACACGUGCAUUUCACAGGCCAUAUUACGAUUGAUUACGAUAAAUUAAAAUACGAGGUACGAUCAUGAAUCAUACCGACAUCAAUUGCCUCUAGAGAACCCGCUGCGAUUCAUUAAAAUGUCGAAUGAAACGGAAUUGCACUCAGGGAAACGGCGUAUUCGAGGGAAAUAAACAAUUUAUUCGAUGUCAAUAAAAAUGCUGAUAAAAAUCAAAUUGAAUUUCGCAUAAAAUUUUUUAUUCAAUUCAAUGGCGAAGUGGUAAAAGAUGACUCAUCCAUGAAUGUCGUUUUUCAGCAAUAUCUCUGUAUCUAACAGAGAUCGCGUAAUUUUUGUGUAAACAUUUUUUGUAGUACUCAAUGUGCCCUUCAAAAAAGGUCAUUACAAAAAUUUUGCUGUCGACCCUGGAUUCCGAGUUAUUCAUGAAAAACUGAUCAAUAGUGAAAAGUGUCUUACUCGAUUUACCACUUUACUCCUGAAUUCAGAUGAAUAGUUUCUCCGAGUGCAACAUUUGUUUGAAUGGUGCAAUGCAAUUGCCCACGGAGCGUAUUGAGUAAUAGAUUUCCAAGAAUACUAUACGAACAAAAAUGUACUCAUAUUUUCUAGCUUUUAUUUAAUAAAAAAAUAAUAAACGCAUGAGAAACGAAGAAGAACAGCAUCGAGCAUAGGCUGGUGGCGCGUCGAGCAACGCGAGGGUUACCUAUAUUUAUAGAAAAUAUGUUGAUAACUCAUUAUUACCGAGAAUUAUAUAGAACAACUAUUUAAAACGAUAAAUAAAAAUACGAAAAACAAAUAAAAUUAGUUGGAUUUAUGAUACAUGAAGUAGAGUCAUUGCUCCACGCGUAUCGCAACGCAUGGUCUUAAAAGCCAUAUUAAAAUGCGUAACGAGGAUAAAAGCAAAUACUAUGCAUAUGAAAUGAACAGUAAAGGUAAAAUUAAGGCGCAUAUUUUACAUUCAGUAAAUGCAUAGUGAAUAAUCAAGGCAGAAAAUGGAAGAGCAUUGUGAAAGCGAAUGAUAUUCCACGGGGGAAAGAAAAACGAUGAAGCAAUUAAAAAUUAAUUCAAUAUAUCUUUGCAUGACUAAGUAGGGCUGUACUGCCAUCGAAGCAAUACAAAAAGCAAUAUAGUGCUAUCUAAAACCAAGGAAAUACCAUAAUUAAACGGUAAUGAGGGACGAUGAUAAUAGGGAUUAUUAACGAUUGAAAUGAUUUAGGUGACACACAAGAUAUGUAAGACGUCAUUACAUUAUCCUCAUAAAUAGUAGUGCUAAACGUAUUUAGCAUUUACGUAGAUUUACAUUAAUUAUGCCUAAGGCAAGCACGAUGUUUCGAUAAUUAUCGGGUCCUGAACGCUUACCCUGAGAUGGAGAGUUCGGGGAAGAAAAAAACGAGUGCGGUGAUUUGAAAAUUAAAGGGAAUCGAACAUCGCUUGCUUGUGAGGUAGUGAUAUAAUGUAGAAUCAUCAGGAAAUUUAGUCUGAUGCUCGUGGAGUUCAGCGCAUUCGUGAAAUGGCAAAAUAAAAUAAAUAGAUUUUUGUUAUGGACAUUUACAAAUUCUGGAAUAUUUCUCAAUGGUUCCACGGGUGAAUUCGUUAUCGAUCCUCAUGUUAUAGAACUCUCUAAUCUACCACGAACAUCAGAAAAACUCCUCGAUGUUAGAGCAUGGUGUGAAACAAAAGAAAUUUUAAAAAAUAACGAAAAAACGAUAGUGACGCUAGAUUUAUUAAACUUAAGCUUUAUUCUCGCUAAGGAGAUAAUUAUAUUAUUGUAACAAAUAUUUACAUACGUUUGUAUUAUUUGUAAUAAUAGUGCUAAUACAAAACUCCAUUGAAUUGACUCGAUGAAGGCAAAACGAACAUUACGCACCGAAACGAAUGAAGAAAUUGAUUCAAUUUGUUGACACACGAUGACCGCGAUGCAUCGAAAAACACCGAAAAACAGUUAUAAAACAGAGUCCUCACUUUUUUGUAUUCAGACAAAAAUUACGAUGUUCAUUUAUUCAAAGUCCAGCGUUACAAAUAUAAUCGCCUGUCCAUAACGUCAGGUGCAGAAAUGAGAAUGAAAAAUAAAAACCCGAUGAAAAACGACAGAUGGAAUGAAAUAUUGAAAAGAUGAAGUAACAAAAUGAAUAAUGAUAACCAAAAAUAUGCAAAAACAACUUUACCCAACCCGACAUAUGCUUUUAAAUAGUGUUGGAUGGUAAUGUUAUAACAAAAAUGGAAAAAAAAAAACGUUAAUUGAGCAUUGUUAUCUAUGUAAUACGACAUAGGAUGUUUUGUAUUAUAUUUUCAUAAUAAAUAGAAACGUAGAAAAAAAAACGUA